AUGGGCAGAUCUAUACUACUCAUCUUCUCGGUGCUGAGUCUAAUCACUCAUGCGUUGGGUGUCGCGACCUGGCCUUCAUCUAUCGAUGAACUCGAGGAUAUCAAAUAUCUCAACGAUGGCUACAAUUCCCGGGGAUUCGCAUUUGCGGUAACUCCAUGUACUUUCACUCGCGCUCCUGGACGCUCCAUUGCUGGAGGAUUUGUGCGUACUGCCUUCCAUGACAUGGCUCCGGCCGAUGUCGCAGCUGGUACUGGAGGCGUGGAUGGAUCUAUCGGAUUUGAACUUCAAGGAGAAUAUGCCUCGUCUAAUGGAGGACCAGCGUUCAACAACACAAUCACCUACUAUUCACGUUUCUUCAAUGCUCAAGCAACGAUCUCCGAUUUGAUUGCUCUUGGCGUGUAUACCGCAGUCCGCGGAUGUGGAGGACCUAUUGUCAACACAAGAGCUGGACGUAUUGAUGCCACUGGACCAGGUGCACUAGGUGUCCCAGACAUUCGAGAUCCAGGCCCAACCCUUCAAGGUCGCUUCAUCCGUAUGGGCCUCACACAACCAGAAUCUAUCUCGAUUGUUGCCUGCGGCCACAGUCUAGGAGGAGUACACGCAACCGAAUUCCCUGCUAUCGUUCCGCUGAACUCCACACGUCUAGGUGUUGCAGACUUCGACUCAACUAACUCCACCUAUGACAACAAGAUUGUCACAGAAUACCUUGACGGCACCACCAAGAACGUUCUUGUUGUUGGUCCAGAUCCAUCUGCACGCUCGGAUCUCCAUCUUUUCAACUCGGACCAGAACGCAACCAUCAAGACCCUGGCAGAUCCUGCUGCCUACAGAUCUACCUGCGCCAAAGUGCUUCAAAAGAUGAUCGACACAGUUCCGUCCCAAGUCAAGCUCACAGACGCUAUUGAGGCAUACCCGGUCAAGCCAUCAGCCCUCCAAUUGAAUGUUCUUGCGGCAGGUGACAAGUUGUCCUUCUCCGGUCAGAUUCGAGUCAGAACCAAUGAUCUACCCAAAUCCACAAUUUCCAAAGUUGAGAUCGAGUAUAAGGAUAGAGAUGGAAGCAAGGCGGGUACUAUCUCCACCAAGGCACUGGGAGACGCUUCUGGCUUUGAUGACACAUUCACGUUCUACGGCUUUGAUUCGGAAAUCUCUGCGAAAACUGCCGUGUCUUCUUUCACCGUCGUCAUCACCCUCACUUCCGGAAGUGUGAAGACAUUCGACAACAAUGGCAAAGGGUUCCCAGUGUCUGACAAGAUCUUCUCGCAGACGAUCAAUUCAAGCCUAAGCGCCUCAAGUGGAACCGGAGUUCAAAAGCUCAACAUUGUUGCUGCUGUAAGUAUUAUCUGCAUGAGCUUCACCAGCAAGAUCUACACUGACCCCAUUUUCUUUGUCAUACAGGUCCGCAACGGUCAAUCACCAUCCGACCUCAAACUGACUCUCACGACCAUCAACGCCAUGAGCUACAACAAGCUGCCCACAGUGUCCAAGAACACCAUUCCACUAGUCAAAGGCUGCGAGUCCAAAUACUACACAUUCUACUCCGCCAAUGCCGACGCCUUCACCAACCAAGUCAACGGAACCAAGUACGACGUGAGCUUCAGCAGCGGCGGAUCCACCUUCUCAGACGAUUUCAACUCGAUCAACUUCCUCCUCAGCACAGCGAAGGCCGUCAGCUGCGACGGCGGCAGCGGUGGUUCGACAACGUCGAUCGCGACAACCAGCGGAAGCAAGACCACCACGACGGGAUGGGGCACGCAGCAGACGACGACAACAACCACACCCAAAGCCGGCAGCUCGACAAGCUCAACCACCGAGCCCACCAAAUGGACCACCACGACCGUGACCAGCUACACGACCUUCUGCCCGGGCCCCACGACCUUCACGCACGGCACCAAGACCUUCACCGUGACCGAGGCGACCACGCUGACCAUCACCGACUGCCCGUGCGAGAUCACCGUCCCGUGGAAGCCCACGACUGCCCCCGCCUCCGUCUCCAACGGCGCCGUCAAGCCCGCCACGACGACCACCGUCGACAGCCCGGUCAUUCACAAUCCAGCCCCCGCUCCCGUGUCCUCCAGCCCCGUCGCCGCCGUCGCGCCCCCAGCAUCGUCCACCACCGCCGUCAGCCCCGCGGGAAGCACCACGAAACCCGCCGUCGUCGCGACCUUCACUGGCGCAGCGACGCCGGGCAAGAGAGCCGAUCUCCUCGUGGUCGGCGUCGUUGGUAUGGUGGCCUACCUGCUCUGA